AUGGCUUUGAUCAACAGCAAAUAUUUCUUCGCUUCUCUUAUAAUUCUUGUGGCACUCUUUGGAGUUGGAGUAGAAGGAACGGUUCACAAAGUCGGCGACUCAAGCGGAUGGACCAUGAUGGGUGUGGAUUACCAAGCUUGGGCUUCUUCAAGAACUUUUCAAGUAGGAGACUCACUGGUCUUUGAAUACAACAACGAGCUCCACGACGUCACUGAAGUCACUCCCCAUGACUUCGAGCUAUGCGAUCAGUCUAAUCCGUUAGCUAGAUACCAAACUGGAUCAGACACCGUAACUCUAACCAAACCUGGAUUCCAACACUUCAUAUGCGGAGUUCCUGGUCACUGCGACAUAGGACAGAAACUUGACAUCCUCGUCUUUCCUGCCUCCUUGGGUCCAGUGGCUGCUCCAGUUCCAGGACCAGUCAGAUCACCAAGCUCUUCUAUGUCUCCUUCACCUUCUCCCUUGGCUGAUUCACCAACUAACGCUCCACAGUUUCAGAUGGGACCAUCACCUCUUUGA